CAUGGUGUCUAAGAACGUCCUCCAACGCCCCUGGUAAGAAAGUCAUCACAACAACGGGCCUUUGAAGACCAAUCAGAGGUGUCCUGGUUUCUCCCAGCACGGAAGACGAGAAGGAGUUCAACUCCAACGCUCCACUUUUAGGACAAAUAUCGUGCAGACUUAUUGUGCUGUAUCCCAGAUAUGAUUUGGGGAGCGAGCCAAGAGAUAAAGGAGGAUAUUUAUUUUUGUUUGUGAAGUCGACAAAUCUUUCUUUCAGGCUCAAACAAUCCGGAGGUCUGUGUAGGCCACAGCGUCAUUGCCCGCCGGGGACCUGGCCUGCUUCUCUCGCCCCCUCUCUGCCGCUGCUUAAAGCCUGGGAGAACGCUUUUGAGAGUGAAUCAGGAAAUUACUUAUCAAUCUGAAGCCACAAAGAGUUAUGAGUACUCCUUGCUGCCAAAGGAAAGGGGAUUUUGAGCAAGAGCUUCACAUCUGCGCACACCAGAGUUCAAAGACUCCGGCUGUCGGAAGGUCUUUGGAGCAAUAGCCAAAAAUGUUCGUCUUGCUCUAUGUUACAAGUUUUGCCAUUUGUGCAAGUGGACAGCCUCGGGGUAACCAGUUGAAAGGAGAGAACUACUCCCCGAGGUACAUCUGCAGCAUUCCUGGCUUACCUGGCCCCCCAGGGCCUCCUGGGGCAACUGGUUCCCCUGGGCCCCACGGUCGCAUCGGCCUUCCGGGAAGAGACGGCAGAGAUGGCAGGAAAGGAGAGAAAGGAGAAAAGGGAGCUGCAGGUUUGAGAGGUAAGACUGGACCAGUGGGGCUUGCUGGUGAGAAAGGGGAUCAAGGGGAGACAGGAAAGAAAGGACCCAUGGGACCAGAGGGAGAGAAAGGAGAAGUGGGUCCCGUCGGGCCUCCUGGACCAAAGGGAGACAGAGGAGAGCAAGGGGAACCAGGGCUGCCUGGCGUCUGCAGAUGUGGGAGCAUUGUGCUCAAAUCCGCCUUUUCUGUUGGCAUCACAACCAGCUACCCUGAAGAAAGACUUCCUAUCAUAUUUAACAAGGUCCUCUUCAACGAGGGAGAGCACUACAACCCCGCCACUGGGAAGUUCAUCUGUGCUUUCCCAGGGAUAUAUUACUUUUCUUAUGAUAUCACUUUGGCUAAUAAGCACCUGGCAAUCGGGCUGGUACACAAUGGGCAAUACCGCAUAAAGACCUUCGAUGCCAACACAGGGAAUCAUGACGUGGCCUCGGGGUCCACAGUCAUCUAUCUGCAGCCGGAAGAUGAAGUCUGGUUGGAGAUAUUCUUCACUGACCAGAAUGGCCUCUUCUCAGACCCGGGCUGGGCAGACAGCUUAUUCUCUGGGUUUCUUCUAUAUGUUGACACGGAUUACUUAGAUUCCAUAUCAGAAGACGACGAACUGUGAUCAGGACUGCUGAUCUGAAGGUUCCGAGACUCCCAUGGCAGACGCUUUGAUUUAAUCUGGGGCUCUAGAAGGUGGAACAAGAAGGAAUGGGAUUCACAGAUCUGAUUCCCACUCAGAUUCCAAAGCAUUUACAGGCAGUUUGAGCAGAAGCUAUCAAAACAAGGUGAGCCACCACCAAACAGAAUUAUAUAAAACAGUAUCCCCAGAUAUGAAUCCUCUUGAAAACAAUGUUCAUAAAAUAUUUAAACAAAUUAAAGACAAUGUUAACAAAUUUUAUAUUAA